ACAUUUCCCACUAGUGCCUCAGGUCGGCAGGCGAAGAAGUCCUGCAUGAGUUCACCUUCAGGUAGAGAGCUCUAAAAUAAGAUUUUGGAAAGAGAUCAGUUGUUUACGCCAUGAACGGGUCUGUUCAUAGCAUGCCUAAAGAGGUGGAAAUUCAGCUAAAACGAGGACCUGCUGGACUUGGGUUUAACAUAGUCGGUGGUUUGGACCAGCAGUAUGUGUUGAAUGACAGCGGGAUCUAUGUGGCCAAAAUCAAAGAGAAUGGCGCUGCAGCACUGGAUGGACGGCUACAGGAAGGGGACAAAAUACUGGCGAUAAAUGGCAACCGAUUGGAGAACCUGUCCCAUAGUGCAGCAGUGGACCUCUUCCGGUCAGCUGGAGAGGAUGUAUUUCUCCGCGUGCAACAGAGAUCCUCCCUCCAUCACAACGGUCCAGUGAGCUCCCGGCCUGAGAGCGAGGCGCCCGUCUCCUCAGUCGGCCUCCUUUUGGGCCUCGCGGCGGCUGCCGCCGCCAUCACCGUCGCCGUAGUCUACUUCAAACGCUUCCCUCCCGGCCUGCGGAGGCCCAUUUAAACGUAACCGGCCUCCCAUUUCAAGGACCAAACGUUGGGAGAAUAUACUCAGAGGGCCAAAAGAGAAAAAGAUAAAAGAAGAAAAAACACACACACAAGGUGAAUGAAUUAAGGAUUAGGACACAUGUUGGAAAAUGCACCCUGAAGAAGCAAGCAAGCCAUGUUUUCCUAAACAUAUACGCAAACAACAGCAACAACAAUCUAAAUAGGUGUUAAUAUUGCUGUUAUGAUUGCCAUGUUGAGCUGGUGUUCCCCUUUAUUUUUAGUGGGGAUAUUCUUAGUCACUUUAAACCAAAGCUCUGAGUCUGUCUGUCCCAGCAUUGCACAGGGGGAGGGAAGAUUCAGCCGCCAUGUUAUCAGGAGACAGAAGUGAUCGUGUCUAAACUGACCACGUAGAGCUAUAUGAGGGAGAAAGGACGAGGAGGUGGAAGAUGGAAAGAGUUGGAUGGAGGUUAAAAAGAUAGAGAGACAAAAAUAGUUGAAGUAACUGACCUGUGAGGAGCUCCAUUACUUUAUAGCAGCGUCCUCUGUUUUCACCCGCUCCUUUGCCAAGAGCAGAAACUCUUUCUUUUUUAAAAUAGGUUUGCCAUCUUCAUUCUUCCUGUCACCAUAGUGUUUCUUUUUUGCCCUCUCCCAUUCUAAUGCCAAAAACUAAAAUCAUAUAAGUGUAAAUAUUGUUCCAGGUAUAAAUAUAUUUUCAAAUACUGUCACUCACUGGGGAGAGUUUGGUGUCACGUUGCUGGGGUGACAUGGUUUUUAAUCGGUUUAUGUGUUUGUUUGUUUAUCUUUGAUUUGUCUGAAAUGUUGUCAUUGUCAAUGAUGACUUGGCCAAGGCAGCAGAUGCAGCUGUGUAUUUUGUACCAGACGGUCCUUUGACAUCCUCCAGCUUGGGCCUGUAAAUGACCGUUCAGUUCCUUCCCCAACCCCUGCCUUAGCUGACCAUUUAACUGGCUGCUGUCUCCUUCUGACCAAUGCAGAAGUUCUUUUUAAUAUUAACUAUUGAGUUCAAACUCAGGCCUCUUGUUAAAUCCUCUUACCUGCACAUCUUUCAAAAUGGACACACACAUGAAAUGCUAUGUUUCUGAUGGAGAAGGGAAGUUUUAAGUGACAUUCAGGUGGUGAUAAGUGUGAUUUGUUAACCUGACUCCUAAGUGAUUUCAAACACCCCAGGAUUACAUCAUUCUGUAUUCUCACUGUUUGACAUGCGUAUGAGCAGCCACAUGCUUGAAGUCAGUCACUGCCCCCUAUUGACUUUGCUAGAGAAAUGCACUUCACUAUGCAUAUGAAAAAUGGGACUGUGAUGUAGAAGCAUGGUAGAAACACAGGCGUUGUUCAGGAUAAAAGACCAGACUAGUAAAAAAAAUUUAAUGGUCUGUAGUCCAAUGACCUAGAGUGGCAGUAUGUUUGACACCCACGCAACUGCCCCCAUGUCCACUCUCCAUGAUUUAAUGGGGGAAGCACGCAUUUUAUUUGAUCAGAACGACAACUUUAAACUUGUUUUGAACUGUUUUUGUAUCAGAAUUAUUGUUUGCCUGUAAUGUCUUAUGUGGAAAAAAUGGCCGAAGUAUGUACAUGAAUGUUUUUGAGGAAUUCUUUGUUAACGUUGUUUAAGUGCACUCUAUCAUGAAGAUGUUCAAGAGCCUUAAAGUGCGUGGUGUUCUGACAUUAGUGUGUGUGCAUGUGUUUGAGUGCCCUUGAGAACUGAGCUGUAAAAGUGCUACAAAAGCCAGUUAUUACUUUUGAAAAGACACACAAAACAGAAGGUCAAAAUGGAUGUUGUUCUUCUCAGGCAUAUGAAGUCCCCUUUGAAAGAAUGGAAAGAUGGAUGAAUUGUGUGAUUGACAUGUCAUUGUUCUCCAUUGAGUAAUGCACCAAGAUCACCCACAUUAGCCUGACUUGCCACUGGUGGGCAACGCAUGGAGUGGUUUUGCAGCUCAGUCUCACAACACAAAUCACCCCCUACCCAAAUCCUGUUAGCAUGUUGCUUCACCAGGCAUGUGGGCAUAUCCAAGUGUAUCUGGCACUGAACUAGCCACAGUGAAUGGAGCUCUGUGUUGAUCUGGAGCCAUGGGUGUUUAAACUGCUAUGUACGCUACCCAAGCAUUUUUCCAAGAAAAAAGGCAAAAUUUCUAGUGAGACCUUUAAUUGGUCAAUCUGUUUAUUUUACACUAAUGAGAUCCUGCUUUGCCC